CGUUCAUGUACUAGUUUGAAACAAGGAAACUGACAUUUCCUGGUUGCACGCGUGUAUAACUUCAACCUAUUAGCAAAUCGGACAUUUCCGAGUUUCUUAGUUCCAACUAGCACUUGAAUGCGGCAAAUAAUCAGAGAGGCAACAACGUGCGGCGGAAGAGGGCGAAAACGCGACGUGGGGACCGCAGUUGUGCCGCAUCAAGCCAAAUUCGUGAUGUGACGCCGUCGCGGAAACGGUAAAACGUAAUCUAGCGUCUUCUAGCGACAAAUCAAGGAGUCAAUAGCUGUAAUCACUGAAAACCAGUCGGCAACACUGCACGGUGUCAACGUGCUUUUCAUGGUAGGAUCGCGUAGUAAACAGAGGCAGAGGUCGGAGUGGAGCUCAUUACUACUGAAGAAAUCUAUGCACAUUUCACAAGGAAUCGCUGUUCGUUGAAUGAAGCUUUACCGACGAGAAAAUAAUAUGCAGACGUUUAGAUGAUUAUGCUGCUGGUUUGCAAAUCUAGGACAACGUGAUCUCGAGGAACAAUAAAUCAACUAUUUUUUAUCCAUGGUGUUUGCAAGUUGUAAAGAGAUGGAUGGUAUCGGGAACACAAUGCAGAAGAAGGCUGCGGAGCUCGAGCGCAUGGCCGAGGUUCUCGUCACCGGAGAGCAGUUGAGGCUGCGUCUCCAUGAAGGGAAGGUGGUUAAGGACCGCAGGCAUCACCUGAGGACGUAUCCCAACUGCUUUGUGGCCAAGGAGCUGAUCGACUGGCUGCUGGAGCACAAGGAGGCGUCAGACAGAGACACGGCCAUUAAGAUCAUGCAGAAACUCCUGGAUCAAAGCAUCAUCCAUCACGUUUGUGACGAGCACAAGGAGUUCAAAGACAUGAAACUGUUCUAUCGCUUCAGGAAAGACGACGGGACGUUUCCGCUGGACAACGAAGCCAAGGUCUUCAUGAGGGGACAACGGAUAUAUGAAAAGCUGAUGAUGAACACGGAGACGUCCAUCCUAGCGACUCGGGAAGAAGAGGGUGAGACGUUUGAACGGACUCUGGUGGCCUCUGAGCUCGUUGAUUGGCUGCUGGCGGAGGGAGAGAUGGCGACCCGAGAGGAGGCGGAGCAUCUUGGACGGAGGCUUCUAGAACACGGGAUCAUGCAGCAUGUGACCAACAAGCACCACUUUGUGGAUGGAGGGCUGCUGUACCAGUUCAGACUGAACUUCCGAAGGAGACGACGUCUGAUGGAGCUGCUGAACGAGCGCUGUCGUACCAUCCCAGAGAGCCAUGACAGCCCCUUCUGUCUCCGCAAACAGAACCCAGAGGGAAGCAACACCAGCUUCCUAUCUGUGAGUCCUACUAAAGAGAUCAAGAUGAUAGUGGGUAUCCGUCGUAGCAGCAUGAGCAGCAGCUGUGGCAGCAGUGGUUACUAUAGCAGCAGUCCCACCCUCAGUAGCAGCCCCCCGGUGCUCUGUAACCCAAAGUCAGUGUUGAAGAGACAAGUGAGUCCUGAGGAGCUGCAGACCCCAGGAGGCCCUUUCAUAAAGAAGACAUUCACAAUCGUGGGGGAUGCGGUGGGCUGGGGCUUCGUGGUGCGAGGCAGUAAGCCCUGCCACAUCCAGGCUGUCGACCCCAGUGGUCCCGCAGCUGCAGCUGGGAUGAAGGUGUGUCAGUUUGUGGUCUCGGUCAACGGGCUAAACGUGCUGUCUCUGGACUACAGGACAGUCAGUAACCUCAUCCUGACCGGGCCCAGGACCGUUGUCAUGGAAGUCAUGGAGGAAGCAGAUUACUGAAGAGGCAGGCUAUCACGUGGCAGGGGGUGUGGCUGAGCAGAGUAGACCCAAGGCAGACUCUAAAGACACCAUAGAGAUAAAAGUGCCUUUAUGAAACUCUAUGGAAAAUUCUCUCUGGGCUUCUAACUCUCUGGGAAACUCUCUCUGGGCUUCUAACUCUCUGGGAAACUCUCUCUAGGCUUCUAACUCUAUGGGAAACUCUCUCUGGGCUUCUAACUCUCUGGGAAACUCUCUCUGGGCUUCUAACUCUCUGGGAAACUCUCUGGGCUUCUAACUCUAUGGGAAACUCUCUCUGGGCUUCUAACUCUAUGGGAAACUCUCUGGGCUUCUAACUCUAUGGGAAACUCUCUCUGGGCUUCUAACUCUAUGGGAAACUCUCUCUGGGCUUCUAACUCCAGGAAAGACUCAGUCAAGCUCUGCCAGCCACCACCCACGUCUCUUUCCUAUUGGACGCUGCUUCCCUCUGAUGGCCUCCAAUAGAACUGCUUGGAGAAGAGAGAGGGACAUUAGUUACUCUGUUAGAUACACACAUCUUGUCAUUGGUCUCCUGUCUCAUCUGUCUAGUUGAUGUUGAGACAUCAGAUGGACCCUGAUGACAUAACAGCCCCCUGCUCCAUGAUCAGGGGACUGUGCCCUGCUGUCCCCUUCUGGUUUCUCACUGUCUCCUGUGGUCUGUGUUUUCUUUAUGUAUUGAUGGUACUACCUACCCAUGUGUGAAGCUGUGUGGGGAGAGACCGUUCUGGACCUGUCUAGAUCUGUCUGUCUUUCUCUAUCCCAGGAUGAGAUGUGGUGAAGUUGAAGACAGGCCUGAAGGAGACAGACAGCAUAUCAUUUGAGACAGACAGCAUAUCAUUCGGGACAGGCCUGAAGGAGACAGACGGCAUAUCAUUCGGGACAGGCCUGAAGGAGACAGGCGGCAUAUAAUUUCGGGACAGGCCUGAAGGAGACAGACGGCAUAUCAUUUCAGGACAGGCCUGAAGGAGACAGGCGGCAUAUCAUUCGGGACAGGCCUGAAGGAGACAGGCAGCAUAUCAUUCGGGACAGGCCUGAAGGAGACAGGUGGCAUAUCAUUUCGGGACAGGCCUGAAGGAGACAGACGGCAUAUCAUUUCGGGACAGGCCUGAAGGAGACAGACGGCAUAUCAUUUCGGGACAGGCCUGAAGGAGACAGACGGCAUAUAAUUUCGGGACAGGCCUGAAGGAGAUAGACGGCAUAUCAUUCGGGACAGGCCUGAAGGAGACAGACAGCAUAUCAUUCGGGACAGGCCUGAAGGAGACAGGCGGCAUAUCAUUUCGGGACAGGCCUGAAGGAGACAGACGGCAUAUCAUUCGGGACAGGCCUGAAGGAGACAGACAGCAUAUCAUUCGGGACAGGCCUGAAGGAGACAGACGGCAUAUCAUUCGGGACAGGCCUGAAGGAGACAGGCAGCAUAUCAUUCGGGACAGGCCAGAAGGAGACAGGCAGCAUAUCAUUCGGGACAGGCCUGAAGGAGACAGGCAGCAUAUAAUUUGGGACAGGCCAGAAGGAGACAGGCAGCAUAUAAUUCGGGACAGGCCUGAAGGAGAUAGGCAGCAUAUUAUUCGGGACAGGCCUGAAGGAGACAGGCAGCAUAUCAUUCGGGACAGGCCUGAAGGAGACAGACGGCAUAUCAUUCGGGACAGGCCUGAAGGAGACAGGCAGCAUAUCAUUCGGGACAGGCCUGAAGGAGACAGACGGCAUAUCAUUCGGGACAGGCCUGAAGGAGACAGGCAGCAUAUCAUUCGGGACAGGCCAGAAGGAGACAGGCAGCAUAUCAUUCGGGACAGGCCUGAAGGAGACAGGCAGCAUAUAAUUCGGGACAGGCCAGAAGGAGACAGGCAGCAUAUAAUUCGGGACAGGCCUGAAGGAGACAGGCAGCAUAUUAUUCGGGACAGGAGUGUGAACCAUUAACAAGUGACUGUUCAAUCCUCUGGGCCACAUGAUGCAAACCACGUCCAACUAAUCCAGAGCUGUUUGGACGAGUGACACAGAUACCAGCCUGGUUACACUGUGCCGUUGCCUAGAGAUCACUCACUAUACAUUGUGGUAGUUGUGUGAAGUUGGCCUUAGUUUAACCAAGCAAACAGGGUUGUAAUAAUGUUCAUGUUUAUGCAGGACUAAUUGUUGUCGAUGAUGUGUCUUUUCCCUGUAAACUUAGGGCGAGUUUCCCGAACAACAAAUCCUGGACUAAAUAAUCUAAAUCAAUAGAUAAUCUCCAUUUGAAAGUCCAUGAUUAUUCUUUGUUCGGGAAGACAAAGUAGGUAGCUACUAGCUAGUUAAUGAGGUAACACUUGACAGGAUGGUUCUACUGUCUGUAUGCCUGAAUAUCAUGGUUAUAAUUACCACAUGAAGGAUAUGACUCAGUAUGUAGACCUAAAGGAUAUGUAGACCCAAAGGAUAUGUAGACCUAAAGGAUAUGUAGACCCAAAGGAUAUGUAGACCCAAAGGAUAUGUAGACCCAAAGGAUAUGUAGACCCAAAGGAUAUGUAGACCUAAAGGAUAUGUAGACCUAAAGGAUAUGACUCAGUAUGUAGACCUAAAGGAUAUGUAGACCUAAAGGAUAUGACUCAGUAUGUAGACCCAAAGGAUAUGUAGACCUAAAGGAUAUGUAGACCCAAAAGAUAUGUAGACCCAAAGGAUAUGUAGACCCAAAGGAUAUGUAGACCCAAAGGAUAUGUAGACCUAAAGGAUAUGUAGACCUAAAGGAUAUGACUCAGUAUGUAGACCUAAAGGAUAUGUAGACCUAAAGGAUAUGACUCAGUAUGUAGACCCAAAGGAUAUGUAGACCUAAAGGAUAUGACUCAGUAUGUAGACCUAAAGGAUAUGUAGACCCAAAGGAUAGGUAGACCUAAAGGAUAUGUAGACCUAAAGGAUAUGUAGACCCAAAGGAUAUGUAGACCUAAAGGAUAUGUAGACCCAAAGGAUAUGUAGACCCAAAGGAUAUGUAGACCCAAAGGAUAUGUAGACCCAAAGGAUAUGUAGACCUAAAGGAUAUGUAGACCUAAAGGAUAUGUAGACCCAAAGGAUAUGUAGACCUAAAGGAUAUGUAGACCUAAAGGAUAUGUAGACCUAAAGGAUAUGUAGACCUAAAGGAUAUGACUCAGUAUGUAGACCUAAAGGAUAUGUAGACCUAAAGGAUAUGACUCGGUAUGUAGACCUAAAGGUUGCGCCUGUAACAACUACCUUCACUCUGUCAUGACACAACGAACCAUUACCCAUCAGGCCCCUUUCCCAGACAUGCAUUUUGCCUCGUCUUGGACUAGAAGGCAAGCUGAAUGGAGAAUCUCUGUUUGAAAGAGCUUUUUGGUCCAGGGAAUCUGCUCAUGGUGAUAUAAAUGGGGUGGUUUGUAUAGUUUUCUAAGAUUUUAUAAUGUGUAAUGACCGUGAUGAGUCUGUUUCUUUAGCACCGGCAUUGAGGCCUAUGACGACACCCACCUGUUACCAAUAAGCCGAAUGUGGAUGUCGUAUAUCCGCUAUAGUCCCUAGUCUUUCAGAAGUGGCAUGUUCCACACUACCGUCAAUUCUAUAAUAUAUGGAUAUGUUAACAUAUAUUUAUCUAAUGUAGAUCUGUGUGUGGAUUUAGGCAUACUAAGGCACUUUAAAAAAUGAAAAUAACUGUUUGCAUCGGUUUGUUUUCUAGUUAAAAUGUCAGAAAAUGGAUAGUGUGUUAAGACGUCACUAUACUGUACCAUCCUGAAACAUAAACGCAUUUACAAUGAUCAACCCUUUCUAUUUGCCAUCAGACCCGAUCUACUUGUAUUUAAGAAGGAGAAAGGGGGUUUAUUUCGGUAGCUAGCUGUGAAUUUAAAGCAGAAGAACUAUUGAUGGCAUGAGAGAAACAAUCUAUGGCCGUAUUUAAUAACAGAGUCAUCUGUAGCUCAGUGUACCAGGGUCAACUGUGGUCUUAUGACAUCACUUCCUGGUCAGAUAAAGUAGCCUAGGUUCAUUGUAAGAUUUAAUAAUAAUAAAAGAAUAGCAGUACAAACUC